GAGCACCAACCUUCAUAAAAUUCAUAACUCAACAACUCCAUGGCGAAAGACAAGAAGUUCAGCUGGGGCUCGGCCCUGGUCGGCGCUGCGGCCGCCUCCGCCGCCGCCCUGGUCAUGUCCUCGAAGCCCCGGGACCCGGCGUUCCACCUCAUCUCCAUCGACGUCACCUCCUUCAAGCUCAACUUCCCAGUCCUCGACGCCGAGGCCGUCCUGACCGUCCACGUCACCAACCCCAACGUGGCCCCCAUCCGCUACUCCGACUCCGUGAUGUCCAUCCGCUACGCCGGCGCCCUCCUCGGCUCCGCUCCCGUGGAGGCCGGCUCGCAGCCACCGCGCUCCUGCCAGCUGCUGCGGCUGCCGGCGCGGCUCAGCGGCCUCCAGCUCGCCCAACGCGCCAAGAGCUUCGCGGCGGACUUGGGGCGGCGGGAGAUGCUGCUGGAAUCCACCGUCGACAUCGCCGGCUCCGCUAAGGUGCUGUGGUGGAACCACGGCUUCAAGGUCCACGUAUACAGCCACGUCAUCGUCGAUCCGGUUUAUCUCGAUGUAAUUGGUCAGGAAAAUAAAUCCAAGCUGGAAUUGUUUGUCAAUUCAUGAAUUUUGCUAUUGGAAUUUUAAAAUUCAUCUCUAACAGAUGCCUUAACUUAUAGAGGAAAUUUGAUGCUA